AUGAGAUCAAAUGAAGAUAAGUCUUUUAGUUUACAAUUUAAUCCAAUAGCUAAUGUAAAAUCAGUAAAGGAAUAUGAAGAGGAAAUAAAUACACUUAAAAAUGAAGUGUUUGAACUUAAAACACAAAUUACACAUGGCACAGCAAAUGUUCCUAAAAUUCUCUAUGAAAAUAACUUGAAAGUUACAGAGUUAGCUCAAGAAAAUAACAGACUUAAAGAAACAAUUAAUAAUUUACAAAACGCUAUUAAUAACUUUGAAGGAGAGAAUACAAGGCUGUCUGAACAACUUAAGAAUGUUGAGUUUGUUUAUAAUGAAAAGAUAGAAUUAUUGAGAGUUGAAAAUAGAAAAUUGAUUGGAAGAAUAGAAAAAUUAAACAACAACGCAAUUGAAUUAAGUCAACUAAAAGGAACAUUAAGUGAGCAGAAGGGAAAUUCAGAACAAUUAAAGAAUAUUGUUAUCGAGUUGGAGAAGCAGAUAGAAAUACUGAAAAUAGAAAAAGAAGAACAAGAUAAUGAGAUUUAUAGUUGUCAGAGUAAAAUAAGAGCUUUAGAACUGGAAAUUGAUGAAAAAAAUAUGAAUAAAACAUUAGAAGAUGAAUGUUAUAAGAGAAAGUUUGAAAAUGAAUUAGAAACUAAUAAGAGACAAGAAAGGUUUAUAAGUGAUUUAAAGGAAAAGAUUAAUCAGUUAGUUAAUGAUAAGAACAGAAUAGAAAGUGGAAAUCAUUCAAUUGAGAGACAAAGACAAUUAAUAGAAACAUUAGAAAGACAAAAUAAUUUCUAUUUUACAAAAUUCUAUGAAAUUUCAAAUAGUAUGGGUAACAUCAAAACUGUCUUUUUAAAUAAAGUUAGUGAAUUUAAGGUUAAAACUGAUCAAUUAGAACAAGUAAUAAAUAACAUCAAAAAGAGUAUGAUUAUAGAACCAGAUAAUAUAAGAAUUCUUAGAAAACUGAAUAUUAGAGAAACAAAUAUAAAUAAGGUAAUGAGUUGUAUGAAAGAUAUAAUAAAUUCAAAGACUAAAGAAAUACAUGUACUUGAAACAGAGUUAAAAGACACUUCAACAGUAUUUAAAUCAGGGCAUGGUAAAUUAAUAGAGAAUUUAAAAUUGCGUAUUAAAGAUGGGCUUAAAGAAUUAGAAACGUGUAGAGAAUAUCUUAAAAAAAAGUCUGAUGAAAAUAAAACAUUAAAGACUGACAUUAGCAAACUAAAAAAUAAUCAAACUAAAUAUCUUAAACAGAUUGAUAAUGCUAAGAAAUUUUAUGAAGGAAUAAAAAAUAAAUACGGAAGGGAAGCAUUGAAAAUUAAAAUUUAA